UGCUAAGUUCUGAGUGUGAAGCGGACGCUGCAGGGAAGCAAGCUGUUGGUGGGGAAGAAGUCUGGUUUGGGAAUCAAAGAAUCUUUUGAAGAAGGAGGAGGAGAAGACACUGCGCACCAAGUUUCCUGUGGAUUUCGCUCUGGUUGCAUUAUUGAGUACCUGGUGAGCGGCCGUGACAAAUAUUUCUAUUUUUUCGUUGUGUUCUUUGAUGAACGAUUAAUUUCAUGAUGUGAAAGAAUUCGCCAGCCUGGAAUAGUUUAUGAGUCCAUCAAAUUUAAGGACCACAACUUGACAGGUUUGCGUGGUGGUCCUUGACUUGCACUGCCUCGAAGUUCCGGUUCAUCUGGAUGUCAUUUACUUGGACUCAUUUUCUGAUCAGUGAUUUACAGCAAAACUGGAUAUGAGUAAGCUGGUGGGGACAUGCUUGAACCGCGUGAAUCUGAUAUACCUGCCCUGUUUGUGGUUUUAGUUGUACUCCCUCUGGUUGCUUAUUUCUUACUUGGAAAAUGGAGUGAGGCUGCAAAGAAGAGAGAUAGGAUAACUUUACUUGCACAAUUGGCUGCUGAAGAAGCUAGCAGAGUGGAAGAAAUGGCUAUUUCUGAUGUUGUUCCUCCUGUUUCUUCUCCAAAGAUUGGACUACAUGUGUGUGCUAGGUGUUCUGCUCCAGCAAAAACCCGGUGCUCCAGAUGCAAGACCGUUAGAUAUUGCUCUGGGAAUUGUCAAAUAAUUCAUUGGAGGCAAGUUCACAAGCAUGAAUGUCAAAUUUUGGAAACUCAUAAAUUAAACUCAUCUCCUCUAGCUGUUCCAGUUGACGAGUUCAGUCAUAUUUGUGGCUUAUGUUAUGAAAAUAUGAACUCUCAGCUCUGUGCUCAUAACUUGGUGAAUACUUUUAACGAGAACUCACCUUCAGACAAUUUGGUCCACCUGCCAAUUGGCAUCACCUCUGCUAUGGAAAAUUGUGCUCUCUUUAAUAAUUCUCAUGUCUCCACCUCUGAGAGAAGAACAUCUCAUAAAUCCAGUAGAGAAGCACGUAGAAGAAACAGUGAGACCACAAAUGAUUCUUCUACUAAUUCCUCUGGAUGUAAAGCUAGCAGUUCUCCCUCUUCUGUUGUGGCAUCAAAAGAGGUGUCUGUGAGACAGAAGUUAAAAAAUAAUGACUAUGCUGUAAAGGAAGAAGAAAAUGCUAAGAAGGUUAAUGCUAAUGAGGUCUAUAUAAACGGACAAAACGCCCCAAGGAGCACGAUGCUUGACGAUGAUAACCAUCAAAAUCAACUUGGAAAUGCUUGUAGCCCAAAAAACGAUGAAGGACACUCGUGUUCAUCAAAUGUAGCAGUCAUUGGUGAACUAUUGGAUCAAUUUCAAAUAGAUGAUGCUGCCAAUGGAGGACAUGUUGUCAAUGGGGUAAAUUGUUCUUCCAGUGAAGCAGAACAAGCCAAAUGCUUGUCUGAAACGACAAUCAAAGGAAGCAUAAAAGCUAAAAAAUCACCCCGCCCUCCCAAGACUAAAUGUUCCAAAUCAACGUUGAAGGCAUCAGUUGAUUUAUUUUGCCGAGAAAUGGAGAUGGAAGGGCAAACUGCCGAUGAACCAAGAGUUUCUGGGAUCAGGAACACCAUGCCUUCACAAGGUAGCAAUGGAGCUGCAAGCAUUGAAAUAAGGAAAAUGAUGGGGCUAAGGAAGUCAGCAAAACAUACUGAGAUGGCCACCUCUGAAGGUAGUGGAGACAGGUGCAAGACGAUGAAGAUGUUGUUCCCUUAUGAUGACUUUGUACGGUUUUUCCAGAGUGAAGUGUUUGGCAUAUACCCCAGGGGCCUUGUAAAUUGUGGAAACAGUUGCUAUGCCAAUGCUGUCUUGCAAUGCUUGACGUGCACAAAGCCUCUUGUCGUCUAUUUUCUUUGUAGAUCACAUUCAAAAGCCUGUUGUACAAAAGACUGGUGUCUCAUGUGUGAGCUAGAGCAACAGAUAAUGAUUUUAAGAGAAAAUGGGGGCCCUUUAUCUCCUAGCAGGAUACUUUGGCAUAUGAGGAGCAUAAAUUCCCAAAUGGGUGAUGGAAGUCAAGAAGACGCCCAUGAAUUUUUAAGGCUUCUAAUUGCGUCAAUGCAAUCUAUAUGCUUGGAGAGACUUGGGGGUGAGAAAAAGGUUGAUCCUAGACUUCAAGAAACAACUUUUAUACAACACACUUUUGGUGGUCGUCUUCAAUCCAAGGUGAAAUGUUUGAAUUGUAACCAUGAGUCAGAACGAUAUGAGAACAUUAUGGAUCUAACACUGGAGAUAUUGGGUUGGGUCGAAUCUUUGGAAGAUGCACUGACGCAAUUUACAUCCCCAGAAGACUUGGAUGGAGAAAAUAUGUACAAAUGUGGAAGGUGCACUACAUAUGUUCGUGCUAGAAAGAAGCUCAGCAUACACGAGGCCCCAAACAUCCUCACGAUUGUCUUGAAAAGAUUUCAGGAAGGAAGAUAUGGAAAAAUUAACAAGUGCAUAACUUUCCCUGAAAUGCUGAAUAUGACUCCUUUCAUGACUGGAAAGGGGGAUGUUCCUCCACUUUACAUGCUUUAUGCUGUUGUUGUUCACCUGGACACACUAAAUGCAUCUUUCUCUGGACAUUAUGUUUCAUAUGUGAAAGAUCUGCAAGGAAAUUGGUUCAGGAUAGACGAUACUGAAGUUCAGCCGGUGCUAAUUAGUCAAGUGAUGUUAGAAGGAGCUUAUAUCUUAUUUUACAUGAGGUCUAGCCCUCGCCCUCAAUCUGCAUUUUCUGGGAAGGUCAAACAGCAACAAGUUCCCAGCUCUUCAAAGCAAUACCCAGUAGAAUCCCACAAGCCUUCUAAAUCAGGACACAGAAGAGAUAGCCGACAAUUUGUUGUACCAGAGCCUUCACACAAUGCCAGACCUGAAAGCACUACUAACUAUAUUGAUACUUCCAAUGGCACCCUUCAAAGAAGUACCAAUAGGAACUUUUUGCCAGUGACAGAAACCUACACUGAAAACAAUGGCAGAGAGUUUUCAGAUGCUACAUCAAGUGAUUGGUCACUCUUCACCAGCUCCGAUGAGGCCUCUUUCACGACUGAGAGUACUCGGGACUCCUUCAGUACUGUGGAUUAUGGUGAUUCAUGCAAUAUGGAUCAAUUUUCAUCAAUAUUCAAUUACACCACAGAAAAUUCCAGAAAUUCUGUUUGUCACAGGAAGUUCUUACACAGUAGGCCAUUAACAAGAUUCGUUCCCCAGAAUGGGCAGGCAUUUGGCACCAACUUGUCAAACCAUCCGCCAUUUGACCCCGAUUUGUCGAACCAUAAUCUCGAAUGGGCACGGCGAAUGAACCAGUCAAAAAGUGCCAGCCAUUCUUCAAUUGAACCUCCUUCAAAUGGCGACUGUGGUAGGUAUGUAUAUUAUGGGAGUACUAACCCCAUUGCCAGGACUUACAGUCAUUAUGAACUCUAGCUCUUGAAAAUUCUGCAGGUUGUAGAUGGAGUAGGUGCUAUGCCUCAAAAUUUUCAAUACUUAGUUGAUUGAGGCAUAAUUUAGCUCUUCUAAACAUACCCCCCCUUUUUUUUUGGUUAUUGGAAAUUGUAAAGAUGACAGUGACAUUUCUUGGGCUUAAUCUGUUUCCUUUUAAAGUGUCAUAUUUCUUCAUAAGCUCAUUGGUUUAUCAGGCAUGUCUAGAACCAAAUAUGCUUAUGAUGAGACAGUGAAAUGUACAAUUUUAGAAUGUUUCUAGUUUCUUUGGUUCUCUCUGAUAUUAUUAGAUAUUGUAUUAGUCUUAUGCAAUUCAUUAUAGGAAUAAAAUUUAGUUACUUCUCUUUUUA